GUAAACUCCAGCUCCAUUGUCUGAUUUAUGAAGAGAAACCUAAGCUGCCCUGUGUCCCUGAACGCAGCAACAAAGCUUCUUCUUCUGUCUGCUAUAGGGCCCUCUUCUUUUCUCUCACUAACAAAUGAAUGUAUGGUCAUAGUUCCCCUCUGUAAGUCUCACAAAGACUCUAUUUAUUUCCACUUUCCUCUCUCUGUCCUCUCUCCACCUGUCACCUGGGCCUGUUGGACGAGGGUGUGGCAUAAAGCACCACUGUGUGAACUCUGCAUUCAGUGAAACUGCAUCAGCUUGCAGCUCUGCAGGGUUGUUGAGGGUCACUGUGGGAGCGCUCUGCCAGCAUGAAGAAAGUAUACAGUCUAGUGAACAUAACUAAAGCCAAGGACCAGGAGGCAGUGCAGUCCAUCUGUAUCAAGCAAAUACAGUUCACCGACCAGAAGCAAGAAUUCAACAAACGUCCUACCAAGACAGGUCGUCGCUCUCUGUCUCGGUCCAUCUCACAGUCGUCGACAGAUAGCUGCAGUUCAGUGUGCAGUGACAGCUCUGAGGAUGAGUCUUCUCCUAAAGACAAGCUUCAGAAGACCUCCAAGGGCCUCUCUGACUUCUGCAUCAAAAACAUCAAGCAGGCUGAUUUUGGGCGCAGGGAAAUAGAAAUGGCACAGCAAGAAAUGCCAGCACUGAUGGUCCUGAGGAAACGAGCUGGUGGGGAGAAACCUCUGGCUGGAGCCAAAGUGGUGGGCUGUACCCACAUCACUGCACAGACAGCGGUGUUGAUUGAGACUCUGUGUGUGUUGGGGGCUCAGUGUCGCUGGGCAGCAUGUAACAUCUUCUCCACUCAGAAUGCUGUUGCUGCGGCUCUGGCUGAAGGAGGCAUCUCAGUGUUUGCGUGGAGAGGAGAAUCGGAGGAGGACUUCUGGUGGUGCAUUGACCAAUGUGUUGGUGCAGAGAACUGGCAGCCCGACAUGAUUCUGGAUGAUGGAGGUGACCUGACCCACUGGAUCUAUAAGAAGUACCCGAGCCUAUUCAAGAAGAUGAAAGGCAUCGUGGAGGAAAGUGUCACUGGCGUCUAUCGGUUGUACCAGCUGUCCAAGGCAGGCAGGCUGUGUGUCCCUGCCAUGAAUGUUAACGACUCGGUGACCAAGCAGAAAUUUGACAACCUCUACUGCUGCAAGGAGUCCAUACUGGACGGGUUGAAACGGACCACUGAUGUCAUGUUUGGAGGAAAGCAGGUGGUGGUGUGCGGAUAUGGUGAGGUUGGCAAAGGUUGCUGCGCUGCCUUGAAAGCGUUGGGUGCUGUUGUGUACGUCACAGAGGCGGAUCCCAUUUGUGCCCUUCAGGCCUGCAUGGACGGCUUCAGAGUGAUUAACCUGAGUGAGGUGGUCAGACAGGUGGAUGUGGUCAUCACCUGCACAGGCAAUAAAAACGUGGUGGGGAGGGAACAUCUGGACAGAAUGAAGAACGGCUGCAUACUGUGCAACAUGGGACACUCCAACACUGAGAUAGAUAUGGUGAGUCUGCGGACUGCAGACCUGAGGUGGGAGCAUGUGAGGCCUCAGGUGGACCAUGUUAUCUGGCCAGACGGCAAGAGAAUUGUCCUGCUGGCUGAGGGCCGUUUGCUGAAUCUGAGCUGCUCCACAGUGCCCUCAUUUGUCCUCUCCAUCACCGCUGCAACUCAGGCACUGGCUCUCAUAGAGCUGUACAACGCUCCGGAGGGACGAUACAAACAGGACGUCUACUUGCUGCCAAAGAAAAUGGAUGAAUAUGUGGCCAGUCUUCACCUGUCGACGUUUGAUGCUCACCUCACAGAGCUGAGUGAUGAUCAGGCCAAGUACCUGGGCAUCAGCAAACACGGUCCCUUCAAACCCAACUACUACAGGUAUUAACUUCUGGAUGUAGCGCUGAAGGACAGAAGCUCCUCCGAUGUGAUAUUGUGGAUUUUAUUUUGGAAAACCCUCUGACGCCCUCUACAGUCUGAAUAUCACUGAGGCAGCAGAUGAAGACUCAUGUUCAAUUCUUUGUCUGUGUAUGUGCGGUUGUACGUGUGGAAUGUAAUCACAGGUAUUUCUGAGCUGACUGAAAUAUGAAAAGAAAAACAAAGUGCUGAAUGUUUUAAUUUUUCACUCUUCUGCUUGAUAAAUCAACACCAUUUAUUCCCUGGAGCAGCAAUCACGUGUAGACUACAAGUUGCAGCACAGUUCAUCUGCUGUCUCAUGCCCUUGAUUUAAAUCUAACAUUGCCACUUUUACUUACUAACCUAAACUGAAGUCUACCAACAGCCCAUUGAAAAUUUGAACAGAUGUACUUCACAAUCAGAUAUUUGACGUAUAAAUCUCACAUAGUGAGCUGAUAACCUGCGGAGACAGUGCUGCUGCUGUUCUGAGGCACAGUUGAGGCAACAGUGGACCAUGAACAUAAAGUAAGGCUAGAACAUAUUGUCAUUGAUUUAACGCUUUAAAAGAUCAUUGUACUAGAGUCACAAGAUAUAAUAAAAAGAACAGUUUUGCUCUUGAAACAGUGUUUCUGUUUCAUAAUUUUAAUAAGACAAAAAUAAGAAGGCAUUUUAAAUUUGGAAAAUGUAACAGUAUUUUUGUUUGUUUGGUGUCAGAAACAUCCGCAAAUUAUCUGUGUUCACACUCACACUGAUACAACCACACAACCCUGUACAUACAGCUGUAUCCCCAGUUUCCCAUUAAACAAAGACUAAUGGCAAAGCUCACCAGCUGGGCCUGCUUGUUGAUGUGACAUUUUUUACCCACUAGGGGGCGUAAGAGAUUUAUUAUUGACUUUGAGUGAUACUAGCAAUGGUCAUACUUUCUAUAAAAGGCCUCAGUGCUUCUAUCCUUCUAUCCUGAAUCAACUCACACCUACCAUAGUUUGUCCACUCACAGAGAUAGACAGAAAUACAGACACACACACACACACACACACACACACACACACACACACACACACACACACACACACACACACACAUACACAUACACAUCACAGUCUUUUUGCUGAGCACUGAGAUAAAAUCUAAAUCCAGUGGCAAGUGGACAGAGUCUGGGUCUGUUAAUCUGUUAAUUAGGAGAUAGAUAAUGAAAUUCAUCAUCUAUUUGUGUGGGGUCCUCUACAUACAAACAUAACAUUGUCUUCUUGAUGAUGACACAUGUUCAGAGCUUUGGUAAGAAAUAUGACUUUUAAUAGUGAGUGUAGAGUUGUUAACAGUAUCCACAUACAGCCCACGUGCAAAAUACUGUUAAAUCAUCAUACUAUACUUAUUAUUAUAAAGCCAUUCCUCAUUAUUCUGAUGUGAAAUGGACAAAUUAAAGAAAAAUAUGUGACACAUAAUUAUGAUGGAUGAUACUGGAGAAAUUUGUGGCAAAGACCCUGUCUCUGUGACUGUUGUGGUGGAGAUGUGCUAUAAGACUUGGU